UCACAUUCAUCAUGGUCAAGCUUUCGCGCCUCGAGGAUCGGGAAACGCCUGCUGAGGUAUACAACUGGAAGGUUUACGCCAAUGCGAUCAUCGCGACGUGGGCAGCUGUAAUGCGAGUGAUGAUCGGUUAUGACUCGGCCUUCAUUGGCACUUCAAUCAGUCUGGCAAGUUUCAAAAACGAGUUUGGUCUUACCACAAAGACGUCUUCGGAACUCAACUUCAUCUCGGCUAAUAUUGUGUCCGUUUAUCAAGCAGGAUGCUUCUUUGGGGCCUUCUUUGGCUAUCUUAUUGGCUAUCUUCUGGGGCGCAAAUAUGGGCUGUUUGUGUCUAGCGGCAUCUUUACUCUAGGAGCAGCGUUGCAAUGUGCCGCCAACUCCUCCACGGGGCUUCCGAUCAUAUAUGCAGGCCGAAUAAUCGUCGGUUUGGGAAUUGGCAUUGCGUCAAAUCUAGCACCGAUUUACGUUGCUGAAAUCGCUCCACCGGCCAUUCGAGGUCGGCUUAUUGGAUUGUACGAGUUUUGCUGGCAAGUAGGCGGAGUCAUCGGCUUUUGGAUCAACUAUGGUGUUACCCAACAUCUAGGGCCAAGUCACAAGCAAUGGAUCAUUGCCUUCGCUGUUCAACUGAUCCCAGGGGGACUGCUGUUCAUAGGCUCAUUCUUUCUAGUUGAAUCACCAAGAUGGCUCGUGUCUCGUGAACGUUAUGCCUCAGCGCUCUCUAACCUUGCGAAACUACGAAAUUUGCCGAAGAACCAUCCUUACGUCGUUGAAGAGUACGCAGAAAUCGAAGCCGCUAUCGUGCACGAGUUGAACUUGGGCGGCGUGGGCUUUUUUGGACCAAUUAAAACGGUUUUCUCAAGUAAAAACCUCAUUUACCGGCUUCUGCUAGGCAGUUCGAUGUUCAUGUGGCAGAAUGCGACUGGGAUUAAUGCUAUCAACUAUUACAGCCCGACCAUAUUUCGUUCUAUUGGCAUAACGGGCACGAGCACGAGCUUAUUGACGACUGGGGUUUACGGGUUGAUCAAGCUUGUUGGAUCACUUGUAUGGCUGCUUUGGAUGGUCGACUCAUUUGGCAGGCGUGGUGUCCUUCUUGGUGGGAGCAUUGGAGGGGCUAUUGCGAUGUACUAUAUCGGGGCAUAUAUCGCCAUCGCGAAGCCAGCUCAACACCCGAGCGCCAAAAUUACUUCUGGUGGGCAAAGCGCCAUCGCUUUCUUUUACCUCUGGACAAUAUUUUACUCGCCAACUUGGAAUGGUACCCCCUGGGUAGUUGGUGCAGAAAUGUUCCCUCAACAUGUCCGCACGUUUACACAAUCGUGCCAGGCAGCAUCAAACUGGUUAUGGGGGCAAGUCAUUGAUCAUUUAGUCUGCAUUGAUGCUGACAAACCAUCCACCAGCUUUAUUAUAGCCCGGUUUACACCCCAGAUGUUCGCCUCAAUGGGCUAUGGAGUUUACCUUUUCUUCGCCUCCCUCAUGAUUCUGUCUAUUCCAUACGUUUAUUUUAUCCUCCCUGAAACAAAGCAAGUCCCACUCGAACGGAUGGAGGAGCUUUUUGGACCCGGAGUGAAGGCUUGGAAGGCGCAUGACAUUGUCAUGGCAAGUGGCUCCGAGUCGCGAGCAUUAAAAAAUCUCCAAGAGACCGCAACGGUAGAUGGUUCACCACGACCACCACCACCGCGAGUGUGGCUUACGGUCUCCCGGAUGUCGACUCUUAGCACACCCCCUGCCGAUGCGCCUCAGCCCAAUUCCAAAACUUCAGCAAAGAAGGAAGAGAAACGCCUAGAAAAGGCGGCCAAAUUUGCCGCGAAGAAUGCCGCCAAGGGUGCAGCGGCCUCUGGAGGGGAUAAGAAGCCGCCCAAAGAAAAAGAGAAACCAAAGAAGGAGGCUGAACCAGAGUUCGUGAACACCACACCUGCUGGAGACAAGAAAGAUGUAUCUGGCCCUAUGCCAGCCGGUUACAAUCCAAUCGCUGUGGAAUCUGCUUGGUAUGACUGGUGGCAGAAGGAGGGAUUCUUCAAGCCCAGUUAUACUGUGGACGGCAAGAUCAGACCCGAAGGCGCCUUCAUAAUUCCUGCUCCUCCACCAAAUGUCACAGGUAGUCUGCAUAUUGGACACGGGUUGACCGUUGCAAUCCAGGACGGGCUGAUUCGAUGGAAUCGAAUGCUCGGAAAGACUACACUAUUUGCACCCGGCUUUGACCAUGCUGGUAUCUCCACACAAUCCGUUGUCGAAAAAAGAUUGUUCAAAACAACCGGCCAGACGCGACACGACCUUGGCCGAGAAAAAUUCUUGGAAACCGUCAUGGAUUGGAAGAAUGAAUACCAGCAACGCAUCACGCGCCAGUUGCACCGUCUCGGCGGAAGUUAUGACUGGGAUCGUGCGAAACGCAACAAAGCAGUUGUCGAGACCUUCUGCCGUCUACACGAAGAAGGAAUCAUUUACCGGGCUAACCGUCUCGUUCACUGGUGUGUCAAGAUGAACACAACUUUGUCAAAUCUCGAGGUCGACCAGAAACAACUGGCUGGCCGAACGCUUCUCAAUGUUCCCGGUUACGAUGCUAAAGAACGGUUUGAAUUUGGUGUCUUGGUUUCAUUCGCAUACCAAAUAGAGGGCUCAGACGAAAAAAUCAUUGUGGCUACUACGCGUCCUGAGACCAUGCUUGGAGAUACUGCCGUCGCGGUUCAUCCCAACGACUCCCGCUAUACCCAUCUCCAUGGCAAAUUUGCAGUCCAUCCAUUCAUUAGCGGUCGUAAAAUGCCCAUUGUCUGCGAUGAGAUUGUAGACAUGGAGUUCGGUACUGGAGCUGUCAAGAUUACUCCUGCUCACGACCCCAAUGACUACGAAGUCGGCAUGCGGCAUAAGCUGGAGUUCAUCAACAUCCUCAACGAUGACGGUACUUUCAAUGAUAACGCUGGGGACAAGUUUAAGGGGAUGAAGCGGUUCCACGUCAGGACAGCUAUUGUCCAAGCACUCAAGGACAUUGGGCUGUAUAUCGAAACCAAGGAUAACCCAAUGCAAAUUCCCAUUUGCAGUAAAUCUGGUGAUGUUGUCGAGCCCGUCCUCAAACCACAAUGGUGGAUAAAUUGCCAGCCAUUAGCUGAAGAGGCGCUCAAGCGAACUCGUGCAGGAGAACUUUUGAUCACACCGAAACAAUCGGAGAACGAAUGGUACCGGUGGCUGGAAGGCAUUCAGGACUGGUGCAUCUCGCGACAGCUCUGGUGGGGCCACCGGUGUCCGGCCUAUUUCGUCAACAUCGAAGGCGCUAACCUGGAUAGAAAUGAUGGGAAGAGCUGGGUUGUUGGGCGAACCAUUGAGGAGGCCACUAAACGGGCAAAAGCUCUCGCCGGUGACCGAAAGUUCGUGCUUGAGCAGGACGGUGAUGUUCUCGACACGUGGUUCUCCUCUGGCUUAUGGCCGUUCGCGAUCAUGGGAUGGCCCGAUAAUAACUCUCCUGAUUUAAGAGACUUUUAUCCUUCCUCGCUGCUGGAAACUGGCUGGGAUAUUCUGUUCUUCUGGGUCGCCCGCAUGGUGUUGCUGGGCAUUCGUCUCACCGGCAAAGUCCCCUUCAACGAGGUUCUCUGUCAUGCAAUGAUCCGUGAUGCUCAUGGCCGAAAAAUGAGCAAGUCCCUCGGAAAUGUCAUCGACCCUAUUGACGUGAUUGAGGGUGUCGCGCUCGAGGCCUUGCAUGAGAAGCUCAAAGAGGGCAAUCUUGACGAGAAGGAGAUCGCGAAGGCGACUGCUGGCCAGAAGAAAGACUUCCCAAAGGGUAUUCCCCAAUGUGGAACAGAUGCGUUGCGGUUUGCGCUCUGUGCGUACUCGAGCGGAGGACGGGACAUCAAUCUCGAUAUUCUGCGUGUAGAAGGCUACCGCAAGUUCUGCAACAAGGUGUUCAACGCGACCAAGUUUGCUAUGCUUAAGUUGGACGAAUCGUUUGUCCCAGAGCCCACUGCCAAGCCAACUGGCAAUGAGAGCCUUGUCGAGCAAUGGAUUCUGCACAAACUCAAUGUCGCUGCAUCGGAAGUCAAUACCUAUUUGACGGAACGCAACUUUAUGGGGGCGACUAGUUCGAUCUACAACUUUUGGCUCUAUGAGCUUUGUGAUGUUUACAUUGAAGUCAUGAAGCCAAUGACUGACGAGGCUUCCCCUACCAAAACUCGGAUAUCCUCGCAACAGACGUUAUAUACGUGUCUUGACCACGGCCUCCGCCUACUCCAUCCAUUCAUGCCCUUCGUGACAGAGGAGCUUUGGCAACGCCUGCCGCGGAGGCCAAACGACACGACCCCGUCCAUCAUGGUUUCUGCAUUCCCCGUUUUCGACGCGGCAUCUGUGUUUGAGACGGCUGAGCAGCAGUUCAAUCUCGUGUUCUCUGCCAUCAAGACGGGGCGGUCGCUUGCAGCUUCCUAUAACCUCCAAAAUGAUAUCCAACUGUUCCUCCACGUGCAGUCUGACGAGGAGGCAGCUCUCUUUGAGCCGCAAUUACCGUCUAUUGUUGCGCUUAUCAAAGGGUGCAAGAGCGCAAAGGUGGUCCGGGACGUGAAGGACAUCCCAGAAGGCUGCGGAGGCACUAUCGUGACAACUACGAUCGCGAUUCACGCGCUUGUGAGGGGACUGGUUGAUCUUGACGUUGAGAUUGCGAAAUGCGACAAGAGGCUGGAGGCUUCUCGCGCAAACCUCCAAAAACUCGUCAAGGUCGAGUCGCAGCCAGACUACGAGACAAGUGUACCAGAGAAUGUGCGAUUGAGUACGGCUGACAAGAGGAAAACAUUAGAGGCGGAGAUAGCCACCGUCGAGCUGUCGCGAAGCAUGUUUGCCAAGCUCAAAUAA